AUGGCCCUCCUGAUCUCUUCCCCACCCGCUGCGUCCCACGAGUCGCUCGCCCGUCUGUCGCGGGUCGACGACGCGUCCGAGCCCGCGCGCCGCCUCCGUCUCUCGUCUGGCUGGCCAGAGGCUGUCGCUGUCGUCGCCUCACCGCUGGGUCUCGGCCUGUCGCGGGCGCUCCGCUCGGCGAAGGGCGACCGCGGAGCCGCCGAGUCCCGCCUGGCCGCCGCCGCCAUUGUCGACAUUCCAUAG